AUGUUCCUGGCUAGAUUCGGUGAGGACCAGUACGAGCUCAUUGGGGGUGUGGUCUGCGGGUGGAUUUGGGUGGAUUUGGUGCCGCUCGGAUCUCAAGGGGGCCAGGUCAUCGCGGGGACUUUGCCAGGGUGGAGCGGGCUGCCGUGGAUUGAGAAGAGUGGGUGGAAUUGUCGGUUGGAUUCAAGUGCUGGACAAAUGGUGAGGCGGGACGUGGUGAAGGUGGAGCAGGGGUAG